GGCUGUAUAACUACGAGAUGUCGGCACGAGUGAGAGUUGUGAGUGCUAAGGUGUAACCUAUGGUGGCUCGGAGCACAUCGUGUUGUCGAAGAGCUAUCGAAGUGAUCGAAAAAGCGAGGUACCCGAUUUCCGAGAAUGGAGAAGGAAGUACCCGCACUUCCCGUGAGAAACAACCCGAUUUUUUCUUCCCGCCCUUGUUUGCAUGACACAAGGUUACACACUUAGAAUUCUUUCAAUUUGAAUUUCUUGUCGUUUCUGUGUCUUACCGUGGAAAAUCCCUCGCCAUCGUGAGUACCUACACCUUCUCGAUGAUACAGGGCUGUUAGUGUGGACUUAUCUCAACUGCAUGUUUGGCUGUUUAUAUGAAUUCGUCGUGUUGUCAGUCAUCCCUCGAUCUCAUUACUUACGUCAUCAAAAACAAAAACUUCGUUGUGUAAUGGUAUAUGAAAAGCAAUGAAGUGCUGCUGAGCGGCUUGCCAUGAUACGUCGACAAUAGCAUGGCAGAGUCGCACUGCAGCAGUUCGCGAAAAACUGAAGAUUCUCGUAAAAAUGGGCGUGCAGAAUCUCGGAGCGGUUGCCUGCUUAGUCGGUUCACGAGACCAGUAUGGAGAAUCGCAUCUCCUGCGAUCAGGAGAAGAUGAGUGAAACAUGACGCAGAGGAACUAACGGAACUAACAGCCGUGCUUGGUCUUGCCGAGUGGAGACUAUCUCCUUCUCGACCAGAACAACAAUAAGACCAUGGGGCUUUUUAUAGGGCGAAUGGAAGAGCGGCGCGCCGCCGAUGCGGCGGCGAUGGCCAGAAUGAUCGAAUACCUUGAUUCCGACAAUUGUCCCGAAUACUUGACCAUGGCUCAUAAAAUCUCUAUGGGAUUAGGCGAACAAAAAGAGGAGGAAGAAGAUGAGUACAAUAAAAAUGUAUUGCUCCUUAUUUUCGUAGUUCUAGUUCGGAGGUCGUUCGGAACCCUAUUCGCAAAAUCUUUUUCCUUUUCGUACUAGUUUUACUAUCGCCAGUGUACCACAACCAAAGUAGCUGUUGAUGUCACUAAAGUAGCUGUUGACGUCACUGCAGCAAAAAUAGAUUCGUAUUCCUCUAUUUUCACACAGGGAAGUCGAGGAAGACGACACAGCGAAGAAUUAUCAGCUGGAAAUGGCAGGGUUUGACUUGGAUGACGGAGAAGAGUCAGAGGAAGAAGAAUUUGUCAAGGACUUGGAUGCGGAUACGACGUUACGAAGAAGGAUGAAUUAUAUCAUGAAUAUGUAGACUUUUUAGAUACUUAUGCUAGAUGGAGGACCUAGUUAUCAUGAGUAUACCUUUAUACCUUUUUCCAUCUUUCCUAGGUAGGUUGGCUCCACCACAAAUAUGUAGACUUAACUUUACUUAUGCUAGAUAGAGGACCUUGAUGUAGCAGACGCUUGUGAAUUGAGGUCAAAGUCACAAAGGAGCUGCUUCCUCGUGAUCUUCUUUUUUUCCGGAGUAAAAAGCUCCAUCUUCAUCCAAAAUCUUUGAAUCUCCUUUCCAAGAGUUCUUGUUGUUCACCUUGCUGCCCUCUAAUUUCCAAGCCCAUGGACGAUGAGGGUGGGGAGCGACAGGAUUAUCCUUUGCACGACGCCUGCUCGACAAACAGUUACUACAAAGUCGUCCACUGUUUGAGAAAUACACGUGUCUCGAUCGAAUUAAUAAACCAAGACGGGAAGACGGCGCUCUACAUAUGCUGCGAACUGGGAAAUCCGUUGACAGUGGGACUGCUGUUGCAAUCUGGUAUGCUAUAACAUAAAGAGUAGAGUCUAGUCAAAAUUUUGAUUUUCAGUAGAAGUGGCACAUCAUAGAGUAGAGUCUAGUAAGUUUUUUUAACUAGAAGUGGCUCUUUCUUAGAGUUUGGUUGCUUUUUGUACUAGGAUUCCCUGAAUCCGUGACAAUGAGUAUCUAUCGAUCAUGAAGUCCGUCAAGGAGCAGUGACUCUUGACGGAACCCUUUUUACCACUGCAGGUGCCAAGACGUACCAUAAGACAGCUUUUGGUUGGGUCCCGAUGCACAUAGCGUGUUUUGGCGGACACACGCGCGUAGUGGAGAUGCUAGUGGAGAAAAACGCCGCGACAAACCCCCGUGACAAUCACGGCGUGACGCCUUUGAUGUUGAUUGCCUCGUCUUUUCGGUUAUAUCGGGAUGACUUUAUGACCCGUUUCGAUCGAACAGCACGCGAAAGGGCAAAAUCCCGCUAUUUCGACUACGAGGCGCAGAACAGGUUGUUGCAGACCUACGGACCAAAGAUGGACCCUGUGCGGACUUUGGACGUGCUUUGCUUAUGGCUGAGCAGCUUUCGUCAUGCUUUUGAUUCGAAUGAUGCUGGUUUAUCCUAAAAUUCUCGCUAGUAGUGCAGCUUUCGUCAGGCUUUUGAUUCGAAUGAUACUUGUUUAUCCUAAAAUUCUUGCUAGUAGUGCAGCUUUCGGUUCCCCAUGUUGUUAGGUACAUUAUCUUCUAAUCUCCAAGCUGCGCCAGGGCUACGAUGUGUACGAGGAAUUUGAGCGGGCAAGAGUACUGACCUUCUGGGAAAAGCGCCAGGGCGUCCCUGCAGUGGAACUGGUAAGGCGGAGACUUAAUUACGCUGAAGAGAAGCAAAAAGCCUCGGAAGGAGCGGCACGGUACUGGGAAUACUCACAGCACCACGUCGAACUGAUUCUCGUGCGGUCGCUAGAGGGGAGAGGUAUUUCUGCUAGAAGGAGGGUCUAGGCAGUUUACUUAUUCGGAAUGCCAAGUAUAUUUCAGUUGCAGGCCUAGCAAUAUUCUGAAUGACAAUCAUCUUGACAACAACAAACAGUGAACCCUCUCAGGUGUAAACAAACUGGAUCCGAACGUAGCUGACCGAAAAGGCCGCACUGCCUUGAUGUAUUGCGCAGCCGAUGGGUAUAUGAAUAUCAUGUCUCGCCUGAUCGCGCUUCGUGCGCAGAUAGAUCGAAAAGACAACACUGGGCAGACCGCCCUCUUCGGCGCCUGCAAGCGUGGACAGGUGAAAUCGCUUUCGAUGCUGCUCUGUGCUGGCGCGAAAGUAGAAGUCCACGACGCUUUCUUCACUUUCCCUCUUCAUGUUGUGGUGGAGAAGGGGUACGAGCAGAUGGCUAACCAGCUGAUUCGAAUGGGGGCUAGUGUGAACGUGUACGACAGUGUCGGCAGAUCGCCGCUCAUGUUCGCGAUGGACACACAGUUAUGCCUUAUGCCUAUCUUCGCGUAUAACUUCUUCAUAAUGUAGUUGGCACAACUUACUAGACGUUCUUUUUUACAUGCGACAUCGAAGACCUGUAGUAGUCAGACUGUUUCUCUAAUCCGGAAUGCGAAAAUGGUGCGGCAGAUCCUGGAGGAAAAGCCUGAGCUAGACGUGGUUGACGGUCGAGGGUGGAAUAUUUUCAUCUAUGCAGUGCAGACCGACUUGCUCAAAGAGCUCGGAGAUAUUCUCCUGCAUUUUGGCGACGAGAUCCGCAACGUAACCGGCUGGAAGGAUCCCCAAGGCAGUUGCGCCUUGAUCCACGCAGUGACUCGAGGAAACUUCCACGAUGUGGAGUUGCUGACAAGGAUCUUGCCCAAUGUGACACAAGGAGAUUGCAACGGGAAUAAUUCUCUGCACCUGGCUUGUCAAGAGGGGAAUGGGCAGAUCCUGAAGCACUUGUUGGAGUUUAUCUUCAACGACACAGUGGCAUACGUGGUGGAAGAGGUGAAUCCGGAGUUGAUCGCAAGAAGGGAAAUGUUAGAUUAAGGCAGGAGUAGAUUACUAAUGAAGCUUGUUGUCGGAGAUGAGUGGUUAGAAGAGGAAUGAGUUUCUUACUGUAGGGUAAAUGCAGGAGUUUCUUAAUGUAGCUUGUUGUAGGAGGUUCUUAUUGUAGGGUAAAUGCAGGAGUUUCUUAAUGUAGCUUGUUGUCGGAGAUGAGUGGUUAGAAGAGGAAUCUCACUCUAAGUAAGUAGAUCACGGAGGUUCACAAGCUGAAAAAUCUUCUUGUUUCUCUUCUAACAAAAAGAGCAAAGGUUAACGGCCCAAGCGGAGCUACGCGCAGCCUAUGGGACAGCGGUCGAGCCGAUAAAGACCAUGCCCUACAUCGAGUACAUCAGAAGGCGGAAUGAAAAGAGAGUACGUAAGUCUAAGGCAGAAUUAGAGCUCGAACGACAGUUACUAGAGAAGAAAGCUGCAGAUGCCAUGCUGAAUGCCAAACGUGACAAGGGAGGUGGUGGCGAGAUGACCGUGGAUUUUAGAAAUUGUAUGGGCGAAACCCCUCUUCUUCUCGCAUGCUCAAGUGGAAACAUGAAUUGCCUCCUUCUACUCUUGGACCGCAGAAAUCCUGUAGUGGCGGAUGCAAGUGCAGUAGACAAUCACGGAAGGAAUAUCUUGCAUCACGCUGCAGCAGGAAGGAAUCUGGAUUUGGUAUUUUUGCAUCUAGCUUUUCGAUUUGAUUUCUCAAUCAUGUACGAGGAAUUGAAUAUUUUGUUUUCCUCCUUUACAUUUUGAUUGGAACAACAAGAGUACUUUUUGUCUUCUUGGGGCCGCGAUCCCUCAUCUAAAUACACUCCUUCCCAACACGCUCCCAUGAUUACCAUCAGGUAAACCUCAUCCUCGUGAACAAGGACACCACGUCUUUGUACGGGCAGUCAAACAGGCAUCUAGCGUUUGUGAAGAUAAACGUGAAUGAGCAAGAUCAUGCUGGGCUGACUGCGCUGAUGAUAGCUGCGCAAGAGGGGAACUGGUCACUGAUACCCGGUCUAGUCUUAGCCGGUGCAAGUCUCAACAUGAAGGACAAAGACGAGUACACAGCUUUGCAUUGGGCUUGUCAUGAAGGAGAAACCAGUGCAGUUGCGACACUUCUUGUUAUGGCAAUCGAGAAUCAAUGCGCAAAUCGAUGCGUUUUUCAGAAUCGAUGCGUUGAAGAGAUCAACCUCUAGUAGUGGAUUCCCAUUCAUGAUCCUUAGAAUAUGAUCACUCCUCUGAUUUUUCCCCCUCUCACUUCUCCUUCUUCAUAUUCCAUUGCCAAGCGAACAUGAACGAGGUGGAUAACGCUGGUUGGACGCCGAUGCAUCUAGUGACGCAUGUCGGCUGUAACGAUGCGGCACAGCUCUUGAUCGAUCUGGGUGCUGAUCUGAACAGGAGAACCAACAGUGGGCAGACAGCCUAUGAUUUAGCAAGAGAGGGCGCGGCGGCGCAAAAACUCGAGUUAGACCUAGAUGACGGCAACUACCGCGCUUUAGUCGACCUCAUUUGUGACGGCCUAAGAGAUCAUGACUUAACGCGCGGUCUCACCAGCAAGCAGUUGAACGAAGGCAUCGAUUCCGAAGGAAGCUUCAUUCUGUCGCUACUGCAUGGCAGACAGCUCUCUUGUCCGGGAACAGACUCGAACUCCCUCAACACCUACGCCUACAUGCAGUUCGCGGCCACGCCAGACGAGAAUUCUGAAAUUUGCAUGUCGUCUUGCUGUCUCGGCAAUCCGAACCCAGUCUGGAACGAGACGUUUAGUUUCAGUCUGAAAAAGCUGACGCAGUACAGUUUCCUGUCGAUACAUUUUUUGGGGACGGCAGACACGUCGCAGCAGGAUCACUUGAAGUUAUGAUGGGUCUAUCAUCGUAGUUUCACUUAUAGUUGUAUCUUCAAACACUGCGCGCUGACCAUUUAUACAAAGUACCUAGGACCUAGGUGAGUCAUUUGCUCUUUAAAGUAGACGUAAUCAUUCUCUGGUUUCUCAUAGAGCAAUGAAUAGUAAAGAGACCUAAAAACUUCUAAUACUCGAAGCUAUGAAAAAGGGUGGCGAAAAGGACGUCGGUCUAGAUAUGAGCAAUGCUGUCGAAGUCGGAGGGAUCGAUAUGGAGUCAGAAAGCACACCAGCAACGAGCCCUAUGCCUGGAUCAAGUGCGGCGAUGGUAAUUAUAUCUUUUGACUCCAAGAAGAUUGGGACUAAGGUCUCUAAGCUUUUGACUCCAAGAAGAUUGGAACUAAAAAGGUCUCUAAGUCGUGUCUAGAUCUAUCUGUUUGUAGAGACUGUCUCUAAAAACCUACCGUCUAGGUUGCUGGAUUAGUAUGUGAGAAGCAUCAUCAUGACCUCUAUCACGUUGUCCACCUCUCUCAUUUUCAAAAUUUUUGUUUUCUUCUGCGCAACCAACUUCGAGUUUUCAUCUUCACUACCUCACAGGGCACAACAGAAGAAACAGAUGAAUACAUUCCCAGCUUUGCGACGCAGCUUGAGGCUGAUCGGGCCAUGUUCAAGAGCGAUGUCAGGACAAAAACAACCGUGAAAACCAUAGAGGAUCGUGUCUGGUUGCAAUUGUUAUGGAUAUUAGAGAGUUUACUUUUACUAGGUUUAUUCACUACGUAGAGAGCAUCCAUUCAUUUUUAAAGAGAUGAAUCACUCAGUGACAAACUGUAACCCAACACCUCAAGAGUAUAAUUCGACUUGUAACUACCUAAAAAGCCUAGCCUCUUCUUCUUCCUCUUCUUCUUCCUCUUCUUCUUCUUCUUCUUCUUCUUCUUCUUCUUCUUCUUCUUCUUCUUCUUCUUCUUCUUGUUCUUCUUCUUCUUCUUCUAAUGGGCAAGAACUUCCACGAGGUGAUGCGAAAGAAGGGGUAUUUGAACGUUGCGAUGCCAGCUGUGCCGAAAGCGCACAUACCUUUAGGGGUGAUCUUCAUAAGUUUUCGUUCUUUACGAGAAGCAGUCUGGCAAAACGGGGUGUUCGAAUUCGAUCGGCCAUUGCGCUUGUCGCAACAAGGCAGGAUACGGUUUGAUCUAGAAUUCAGACCCAGGUUUUGGAUCCCAAUACCUACGACUAGCGAUCCUGCGGACUUGCAAAGGUACUGUUUGAGUUUCUUUUUAUCAAAAAACUAGGAGAUGGAGAGAUGGCUUCUUGUGCAUUUACACAUUUGCAAAUCAGUUUCUGGUGUUCUUAGAUUCUUAAAAAUACCUACGACUAGCGAUCCUGCGGACUUGCAAAGGUCUUUAUCUCUUGCGGAGUUUCUUAUGACACUGAUGCUGCAUCUAUGAAAUUUGGAUGAUUCAUGACCAACAUAUAGACAACGCAAUUCUAGAGUUCAUUGCCCAAAGCCUUGCCCAAAACCUUCCUCGUCUCUUAUGACAGGUACCACCUCCCGACCCGUGAAGAGAUUGAGCAGCACUCGAGCUUCUUUCAUUACAAAGAUGGUAAUCGGGAUUAUGGCGUGAAGGUGGCGCCAACUGAGGAAAAUCCACUGAAGAGGGAAAUGCGCGAAGUGCACGCCUUAGGCGCCAAGGUGAUGUUCCAGCCGCGACAAGACCGACCAAGACCACCCGGCCAGAAGGAGAUCAUGAACCAGUCGGGGCGACCGGAACCAGGAAAAGAGGUCAUAGAUGCGGCCAGAAACAAUCAGGCAGAACUCACGGCAAAAGAACGAAGAGAAAAAAAGAAAAGGCGGAAAAUCAUGGCGCAAAAAAGGAGUUUGUUUUUAUGACCAGGAAGAUGUUGUUGUCCUUUUCAUUCUCUACGAGUAUUGCAUUUCGCUAAUACAGACUCACAAAAAUCGACAUUGUUCUUAAUGUUCUGCUUCACUUGAGUAAAGUCUAGUGCUUUGACAGUUAUUGGUCUCGAAGUACAAUCACAAUUUUCAUAUCAAAACUUAUAAGCGUAGUUCUCCUCUCCCUCUAACCUCUUCCGAGUUCUCACGCGUUUUCCAGUUUGGCAAGAUGGCCGUGAAGUUCGAGAACGAGCGGUUGUCUGUAAAACAUGCUUGGGACGCGAAAGUACCGAAGCAGGACCAGUUUGCCUCUGUCCGUUUCGAGCUGCCGCCAGCACCGUUGCCGGAUCAUCUGAAGGAAGAACCGAACGUGGAGUUGCACCCGGACGACGAGAGGAAAGUGGACAACUCGAGGGCAACGAACAGUGGUGGGCUGUAGUUGUGUCGUUGUCGACUUGCUGGUGAAGGUUAGGAUCGCGGUGGAGGUCUGGAGUUGUAUUCCUGUGCUGGUUCUUUCCGUUUGGGUUGGUGAAGUCAAUUUUGUGCAUUAUUUAAUAUAGUCUAACUUUUUUUCCGGUCAGUGCUGAGAUGAUCAUCUCUCUUAGUGGAUUCUUGUGCACUUAUAUUUCGGUGACCCUUUCGCUUUCGACGUCAUAGACGUGUCUUUCAAUUUGAGGUCAAAGAAAGGGGCUAGCUUUUUUAGUGGAUUGUGAACAUUUCGAGCUAGCAUUUUAGCUGAUGCUUGUUCGUGGAUGCUUGUUUUUUUAGUGGAUUGUGAACAUCUAGAAUUGGAAGCAAGGACUGCUUCAGACUCCUUAGGGGAUACUUCUUAGUGGAUUGUGAACAUUGAAAUCGCAGAUCUGAUCUAUGUUUUCUGGUGAAUAUUGAUAUUGUGGAAGGCGCAGCAACCCUCCCGUUGUUGUAGUCACUCCUGUUUAUGUGCUAGGACAUCGAGGACACGGGGUUCCCUGCAGAAACUACCGUAGGUGGAGAAAGCAAAGACCAUCUCGUUACCCCAGAUGACCUCUUACCCCAGAUGACCUCUUACCCCCUGUCCCAUUGCUGUCGCUUUUCUGCACGUAGAAAUUAAAGACUACAGGGAAGCCGCAGGGUCAAUCCGAAUCGACUAACAUCAGCAAAGAUGCCAGAUCGUUGCUUCGACCCUUUGACCUCUCGCCACCGGGUUUCUGUUCCUCUCGAAUUUGGUCUCGUAAAGGAAGUUGCGUUUUGUCAUGAACAUCCUAGAACGAAGGGAUUUCGCUUGGAUAAGAUCGAGCAUCCAGGAAAAUCUCACUCAUUAUCAGUGCCCAUCCGGCUCAGAUGCUCUGCCCCUUGAAGGGGUAAAGCCUACAGACAAGAACUCUCGCUGUAAGACCGUUCUAGACUCACCGUUAGUAAACGAUCAUGGGUGCUGGCUGUUUAGGGGGCAGCAGUCUCCCUAUCGUGGCGCCAGAGGCGGCAGCUGCAGUUGCUGAAGCUGUGCCAUCUCAACCACAGACCUUCGACGCCAGUAAAGCGAACUACGGGCCUCAAGAGGACGCCGCCGCCAGGAAGAUUCAGGCGCGAGCUCGUGGUAAUGAAGCACGGUGGCGGCCGGACUCACGUUGCGCAUCAGUAAGAGAGCGCCGCGCAGCAGCACGCGAACGCGGACGCAGAGAGGGGAGUGCUCUGCUGUAGAACGUUCACGCCACCCACGAGGUGUCGCAGUCACAAAGUGGAUCUUGAUUGGGGACGGCUAAAUCUAGUGAGAAAAGACGGUCGAUAGAAUAAUAGACAUGAUCGUCGUAGUACAUGUACAGGGCCUCUCAGUUACUCUACGGAUUUUGCAUCUUCUUCAAUGAACCUGCCGUUG